UUCUGGCCCCAAGCGCUCCUUCAUGGUUUCUGCCCUGUCCCCCUUGCCUUUCCAAUUACAAUGCCUCUCGAUUAGCCCACACGUUUACAGCGGGAGGAGGUUACAAUCCCUUCUCCCUUCCAGGUAGGGCAGAAUGCUGGGCAUGUACGUGCCGGACAGGUUCGCCCUGAAGUCAUCUAAAAUUCAAGACGGGAUGGGGCUCUUUACGGCCCGGAGAGUGAAAAAGGGGGAAAAGUUUGGACCAUUUGCAGGAGAAAAGCGAAUGCCUCAGGAACUGGAUGAAAACACAGACUGCAGGCUAAUGUGGGAGGUUCGUGGGAAUAAAGGUGAAGUGCUUUAUGUUCUGGAUGCUAGCAAUCCAAGGCAUUCUAACUGGUUGCGUUUUGUACAUGAAGCCCCAUCUCAGGAACAAAAGAAUCUGGCUGCUAUCCAGGAAGGAGAAAACAUUUUCUACCUAGCUGUUGAGGAUAUUGAAACAGAUACCGAGCUCUUGAUUGGUUACCUUGAUAGUGACAUGGAAGAAUUGGAGGAAGAAGAGGAGGAGGAAGUCAUUAUUAACGAGGAAGAAGAGGAUAGCAUCAAUAACAGUAAUGGCAGUCAUAAGGAAUUGCAACAGACUAAUGAAAAAGAUUCUUUUAACUGUAAAGAGGAUCAUGCUUGUCCAAACUGUGAAUCCAGUUUUGCAAGCCAGGAAAUAUUAGCUGAACACCUUCAGACAUUGCAUCAAAAACCCAGUGAAGAAAAAGAAUUCAAAUGCAGGAAUUGUGGAAAGAAAUUCCCAGUAAAGCAAGCUUUACAGAGACAUGUUCUUCAGUGCACAGAAAAUGUGAAUCCAGGAAAUUAUUCAAGAAGUUUUCAGUGUUCUGUUUGCAACACAUCCUUCAGCUCAGAAUUGAGUUUUGAACAACACAAAGAAGCGUGCCGAGGUGAUGCUAGGUUCGUAUGCAAGGCUGACAGCUGUGGGAAGAGGUUCAGGAGUAAGGAUGCCCUGAAAAAGCACAAGGAAAAUGUUCACACUGGAAACUCUAGGAAGAGGCUGAUGUGCUCAGUGUGCAAUAAGAGGUGUUCUUCAGCAACAAAUCUUCAAGAGCAUCGAAAGGUUCAUGAAAUAGUUGAGUGUCAAGAAUGUGACAAGAAAUUUAUUUCAGCUAAUCAGCUAAAACGCCAUAUGAUAACUCACUCAGAAAAACGCCCCUACACCUGCGAGGUUUGCAAUAAGUCCUUCAAACGACUUGAUCAAGUGACUGCACACAAAAUAAUACACAGUGAAGAUAAACCCUAUAAAUGCAAGCUUUGUGGAAAGGGAUUUGCCCACAGAAAUGUUUACAAGAAUCACAAGAAGACACAUUCUGAAGAAAGACCAUUUCAGUGUGAGGAAUGCAAAGCUCUAUUCCGAACACCAUUCUCUCUGCAGAGACAUCUUCUAAUUCAUAACAGUGAAAGAACAUUUAAGUGUGAUCACUGUGAUGCUACAUUCAAAAGGAAGGACACUCUGAAUGUUCACAUACAAGUUGUUCAUGAUGGCCAUAAGAAAUAUAAAUGUGAUCUGUGUGACAAAGCCUUUGUGACACCAUCUGUUCUAAAGAGCCAUAAAAAGACUCACACAGGUGAAAAAGAGAAGAUUUGCCCAUAUUGUGGGCAGAAGUUUGCAAGCAAUGGAACUCUGAGAGUACAUAUUCGAAGUCAUACAGGUGAACGCCCUUAUCAGUGCCCCUACUGUGACAAAGCUUUCAGCAAGAAUGAUGGAUUAAAAAUGCACAUUCGCACCCAUACAAGAGAAAAGCCUUACCAGUGUUCUGAGUGCAACAAGGCUUUCAGUCAGAAACGCGGCCUCGAUGAACACAUGAGGACACACACAGGAGAGAAGCCAUUCCAGUGUGAUGUUUGUGACUUGUCCUUCAGCCUCAAGAAGAUGCUGAUCCGGCACAAGCUGACACACAAUCCCAAUCGGCCCAUGGCUGAAUGCCAGCUGUGCCACAAAAAGUUUACAAGAAAUGACUACCUCAAAGUGCACAUGGAGAAUGUCCAUGGAGAAACCGACAGCUAAUUUUGGCUUAAACAAGACAGUAUCUAGUGUUUCCUUUGGACGUUUCUGACUCCAUCUUCAAUCCAAUUAGUAAAUACACGUCACCGAUAUUUUAAAAAAUCUCAAGUGUGUUCAUGUGGACACUUCUUUUCUUGAUUUUCUGUUCAAUGUAAAGAUAUUAUAAGGUCAAUGAAGUGAGAAUGGAAAUAAUUCAUGUCAUGGUGAAUCAAAACAUUAUUUUUAAUUGGGAAUAUUAUCCCGGAAAUCUGUUAUAAUUCUGUCAUAGUUAAUAUUUUUUCUCUAUUUCCAUAUAGUAAAACUUUCAUUAUAACUUCGGUCCAAAGUACACUUGGGCUCAAAGUAAUGUCAGUGACUAUCAAUAUGUAGCAUGUAGCUACAUAUCUCAAUAGAAGUUAUUUUUUAGCUAUACCCUGAAGAGAGGGUAUAGUUUUGAUUCUUACUUCCCGUAACCUCACCCAUCCCAUAUUUGUUCUUUAGAGAGAGCGUCAGGCUUUUACUGAAAGCACAGGGCUUUCAGCAUGACAUGGUUUUUGAAAGAUGACGGAUAACUGAGAUUAGGACAGAUCUGGUCAAAGGCAUACCUGUUAAAGAAUUUAUUAGCACUGCUCUGCUUCCCCUCUUGAAGGGGAAGGUUGUGGUGGACAAAAGUAAGAGCUGUGUUUGUAGGUGCCCCAGCUGAAGCAUCUUCAAGUAGCUGUCUUUCUGGCCACUUAGUAUCCAGCCCAAAGAUUAAAAUCACGAGAUGGUCAUGAUCAGCAAGACUGAGAUGCAUUAUCUCCAGGAUAGGCUGCUUCAGAGUGUUCCUGUUUAUUUGCUCAUGCCUUAGGUUGCACAAGGGAACCAGGGCAGAGAUGGAGUUCUUUGUCCUGAUCCUGGUGUAAAUUCACUAGAAAACCCUAGGCUAGUUUUUCUCAAUUUGACAUUCUCAGAUUUGUUGGAUUAAUGUUGGGAACUCUGUUGGCUAUGAGUUCAGGGAAUUGUAGCCUGGUACAUCAGAUUAUUCAGAUUAAGAAUGAUUCUUUUAAACAUUUAAACUCUAAACAUUUCCCAUUAAAACUAUUCCUUUUGAGGAAUUCCUAUUUAAAUGGCCUGGAUUGACUGACUCUGCAGACAUUUCAAAGGUAUAAAACUGGAACUGUGAGGCACUUCAGAGUUGAUUUCAAAAAGGUACUUUGGGGCAUGGGGUGCAAAUGUAGUAUUGUAUGAAAUUCCUUAGAGCAGUCACGUGUAUCUCAGGAAAAGGGCAGCUGCAUAAUCCCGGAAAAGAUGCAGCUGCUUUAAAUGGUUUAAAUAGUUGAAGACAACGACUACAUUUGUGCCACUAAACACUGUGAAGUGCCUUUUCGGAACUGAAUCUGAAGUGCUGCACAGCUCUAAUAGAGGCAAUAUGGUAUUCUGUGCUUGCAUCUGACAGGCUGGUUUCACAGUGCAAGAAAUUCCCAAGCUUAAUAAGUUACAAUUGUGACUAGGGUGUGUUGUUUGUAAUUAACCCUGUCAAUUGGCUUCUAUUCCAUUAGCCAGCAUGAUUUUUCAAGCAAAACUUGUUUUACUUAAAAACAGUUAAUUGAACUCAGAAUUGAUAUCAAAAUUAGAAUAUAUUUCAAGCAGAGCUCUCUUAUAAUAGCAUUCCAAGGGAGACUUGCAAUCUUCACUGUUUGAAUGUGAUUGGAAUUACACCAUUGGUAGCCAUUGUGCAAGACAAAACAACAGUCCUAAGAGUGAUCUGUGUUGAAAUACAGCAUUAGCACUACUGCAAUAUUUGUAAAUGCCAAGGCAAAAGAAAACUAAAUCUCAGAAUGUUAUCCAACAUUUCAUUAAAGAAAGGAACAUAUAAUUAAAUUGCUAGGAAUCUUUUUUUUUUUUACCCUAAGGAAAUCUGCACAGUUUUGAAUAAGGCUUGUGAAAUGAACCUGCCAUUCUUAUAAAAAAGAAUACUAUUAUGAAGACCAAAACUGGGUUAAGAAUAAUUUGUUAACUUCAUUACUUUUUCAGCAAGUAGUGCCUCUUAAUUAUUAAAGGAAAUUUCUUGGAUUCUCAUGUGUGGAUAAGAAUUUAGAGUCUGCAUGAAAAGCCAAUUCAGGGCUGAAAAAAAAAAAAGCACCCAUCUAUAUUCUCUAAAGGAAACAAAUCUGUUUUUGGAAAAUUAAGUUAUAAAGUAGUAUUCUUUCAGUAAUACACAACAUUACCUCUAUGUCUUCUUCCAUACCUACAGUAUAUUUGAUGACUUAACAGUACUUCUGCUUGGUUACAGCAAAUCUUAGAUCUAAGGGGGGGGAAAAGAACCUGUAUAAACAUCUACAUUUAAUUUGAUGCAAGAUAAACAUUUGUCCUAUGCUUGUUCUUAAAUGCUUAGUGUUCCCUGACUCUAAAUAAUUAUUUCAGAAUGGAGCUGACACUCCAGCUGUCUCCUGCAACUUAGAUAUGAAAUCUAAGGCUUCCAUCAAAACCUAAUCUGCAACACUACAGAGCAGUGAAAUAUGAUAAUUUGUCCAGAAAUCCUGAUGCAUAUAUUCUCUUAAUCCCUAUAAAUGUUUCCUUUUCCAGAUUGGACCCUACUGAAAAGUGAACAAUUCUCUGUUUAAUUUCCAUAAUAAUAUUAUAACUGAGUGCAUUAAGUUAUAAUGAGUGUGUUUUGCUGCUGUUGCUGUUAUUUUAAUUGGUAUUUGCUUUACAUAAAUGGGCAUUGAUUCUAGCCUGUUUUGGGAAAAUAUUGAGCCAGAAAAUAGACUGGAAUGUUUGGGGGUGGGGGAAUGAGAGAAAAAUGGGGGUAUUUUAAGAUGAAUAAUUUACAUACAGCUGGUUUUUUAAAAAAUAACUUUAUAUAAUGCAUAUAUUCUAAAUUUCUCAGAAUUUUCAUGAUAUAGAGUUAUAAAAAUACCUUAAUUAUGAGGAGAACCCAAAACAAUAAUGUAUAAGAUGUGAAAUGAAGUAUGUUAUAUUGAUGAGGAAGGGACAAGCAGUACUUUUACUUCUUCUUUUUUUUUUUGCUCUGUUCUUCCAUCUCUUCUUGUACCAAUUGUGUACCCUAAAGGUUUAAUGUUAUUAGCUGAUAUUGUCAUUGAAGAACCUCUGUUCAGAACAUUUCUACUAAAAUCUGCAAUUAAAAAGUGUGUAUUACAUAUGCAUGUAGAUACAUAUGUAUGGACAGUGUUGGUUCCUGCGUAGGGGACCCCCUACAGUCUCCUGGUUCCUGAGUCCAUCAUAAUCUUGAUAAAAUGAUAUAAGGCAUUCUUUCAGGAGAAUUCCUUUCUGUCA